AUGGUCAUACUACUUGAACAUUUUCUCACUUGCAAUUUAGAAAAGCUUUAUGGAAUGAUUUAUCUUCAUCAAAAUGAGAAAUUACAUCAAUGUGCGAUUUUGUUCAGAAUUUGCAGAUUUUCUUGGCAUACACAUCAAGGUAUUAAUGGAUUCAGUCGGUCAUAAAUCAGAUGAUGAGUAUUCUGUAAUUUGGGACAAAGGAGACAUCGGUUUUAUCGACUUGGACAACUGUAAAUCUGUUUGUAGCUAUAACCCUGCUGAAGAAAGUGAUCUAGUUACUAUUUCUGUUCCAUUCCCAUUAGUCGAAGGGAAGCCUCAAUCAGGAUUGGUAGGAGAGACUAUUGUUGAUUCGAUCACAAUUGAAAACAAAACUAGUGCCCCUGUUGAUCUCUGGUCGGUGAAGAUUUAUGAUUCAAAACCUGAGGACUCAUUUACUAUUUCGUUAAUGAAACCUCCAACUGCAACGUCAGAUGCACAAUAUGUCCAAGAAUUUCUGGAGUCAUUCUCCUUGGAAGACAGAGUAUUACAGCCAGGUCAGACCCUAACAAUUUGGUUGUCUUGCAAGCCUAAAGGUAUUGGCUUGCACACAUCAGCUGUGCACUUCAGUGUUGGGGAUGACACAAUUGAGCGACUUGUUUUUGUCAUGGCUGAAGAUAAGGUAUCCCAAUUUUUGGCUUCUAACAGGCCAUUUAACAGAAUCAGGAAGAAAAAGCACUCAGUCACUAAAGUGUUUUCUGCUGAACCAUUUAUUGGGGGCUCGCGUCCUAUAAGGUCUCCAAACCGAGGGUUCAGAUACAGGCUCCAUGCAUAUCCAGUUCCCCAGCACAUUAGGAACUCGAUUGAGCAGCAGCAAAUCCCUGAUGCUCUAGGAGAUGGUCUGACAAAAGAGAAUUAUUUUUCAUACUUUCAGACCUUGCUAGCCCUAGAAGAGAUCAAAAUGGAGGAGGAUAUGAGGGACUUUGACAUGGAGAGUGUUACUAUGACAAGUAAGGGAUUCCAAUUUUUAUGCCUCAGUGUCCCAGGACUAGCAGAGAGAAGGCCUUCGCUUGUUUAUGGAGACUGUGUAUUUGCUAGACCUUCCUCAGUUCAUGCAACCAAUACCCCCCCUUAUCAAGGUUAUAUUUACCGUGUUGAGGCUGAAGAGGUUUAUCUGAGGUUUCGGGAUGAUUUCCACUCAGAUCAUAGGCCUGGAAAUCUUUAUGAUGUGCAGUUCACGUACAACCGUACUCGUGUGAGAAUGUUAUAUCAAGCCAUCAAAGCUGCAGAAACUUUGGAGAUGGAACUUCUCUUCCCGUCUGUAUCCCAUCAAGCAAGACUAAUUCAACCAACUUCACUGGUGCCUAUAUCCUGUAUGCUUAAUCCAGAGCAAAGUAGCACCAUUGAGAUGAUCCUUGGCUGCAGGGGAGGGUCUCCUUAUGUAAUUCAUGGACCUCCAGGUACUGGUAAAACAAUGACCCUAAUAGAAGCCAUCCUCCAACUUUAUGCUAAGCGCAAACAUAAUCGAAUUCUAGUCUGUGCACCUUCAAACAGUGCUGCAGACUAUAUUCUUGAGAAACUCAUAACUGAGGAGGCAGUCCAAAUUCUGAAAAAUGAUAUCUUCAGGCUGAAUGCAACUACACGUCUUAUAGAGGAUGUUGAUCAAAACUACAAAGACUUUUGCUGUAUUGAGGAUGCUGUUUUCAGGUGUCCCAUAUUGAGUAGGCUCAGGCAAUAUAGGAUUAUUGUAUCAACAUAUACAAGUGCCUCACUCCUAUAUGCAGAAGGCAUCAAGCGAGGCCACUUCUCUCACAUUUUUUUAGAUGAAGCAGGCCAAGCUUCAGAACCUGAGACGAUGGUUACUCUUGCCCACCUUUAUCAAAAGAAAACAGUAGUUGUACUUGCCGGGGACCCAAAGCAGCUUGGUCCUGUAAUCUACUCGAAAAUUGCUGAGAGUUAUGGAUUGGGAAGAUCAUACUUGGAAAGGCUGUUCGAAUGUCAGUUAUAUAAUGAUGGGAAUAGAAGCUAUAUUACCAAAUUGGUUCGAAACUAUCGGUCUCAUCCAAAAAUUCUGUACCUUCCAUCAACCUUGUUUUAUGGGGGCGAUUUGAUCUCAUGCAAAGAAAAUGAUGGAAACUUUAUACUGCCAUUAUUGGACCUACUACCUGACCAGAACUUCCCUUUGCUUUUCUUUGGUAUCCAGGGUUGUGAUGAGAGAGAAGGGAGUAAUCCGUCAUGGUUUAACAGAAUUGAGGCCAGCAAAGUAGUUGAUAUCAUUAUUCAUUUGAUUGAUGAUAAAGGGCUUCAUGAGGAAGACAUCGGGGUUAUAACUCCUUACAGGCAGCAAGUUCUCAAAAUAAGAAACGCACUUGAAAGCUUUAAUAAAACCAAAAUCAAGAUUGGUAGUGUUGAACAAUUCCAAGGGCAAGAGAGGCAAGUGAUCAUUGUGUCUACUGUCCGAUCCACAAUUAAACACAAUGAGUUUGACAAGAUCCACUAUCUGGGAUUUUUAAGCAGUCCUAGAAGGUUCAAUGUGGCUAUUACCCGAGCAAGAUCUUUGCUUAUAUUGGUUGGGAAUCCACAUAUCCUUUGCAAGGAUGGUCAUUGGAACAAGCUUUUAUGGUACUGCUCAGACAACGAUUCCUACAAAGGUUGCUUCUUACCAGGCAAGGAGGAAGAUGUCAAAGAGCAAACUGUCCCAGUGAAUUUUGAUGGAGAAUACAGUGCCUUCCAGCCGUCUGGGGAUGUGGAAUGGGGUGAGAUUGUCCAACCAUCUGGGGACGUGGAAGGGGAGCAACCUGGGGAAGUGGGUUGCUCUGGCAACUUACAGCCGUCUCGGGCGGUGGAAUGGGGUCACAAUUACUUCAAUACAGAAGAGAUCCCAAAGCCUGUAACAGAUGAAGCUGAAUGGUCUGAUGGCUGGAAAUAACUGGAUGCCUGACAAGAGUUGAGCAUGUAUAGCAGAUGACCACAAGCUGGUACAAUAUGGAUUAAGUGACUUCUGAAUUUUAUUUUAUUUUUUAUACAUGUGCUUGGCUUGAAGUCUCGAAGAAAAAACUACCCAAGAUGAAUGUAAUUUGUAGUAGUUGUUUCUGGAAUUUUUGGAUACACUUGCCAAAUAUAUUCUGACUGGAAAAAUUUUGUUGA